AUGACUGUAUCGAAGAAGUACAGAGGACGAUUACACGACGAACUCGCACAGCGGCUUCAUGAGGAUGUUCGCAACGCCCGAAGCAUCGACAUAUCACGCACUAUGGAUGUUCCUACCCCUGUUCUCGUACCUACACAAAGGCAGAGUUUAUCAUUCUUAUUGAUGCCUGCAGAGAUUCGAAACGAAGUCUAUCAGUAUCUCCUGCCGGAUGUUACCAGCCUGCGAGACGUUACCGGUCUUCUUAGCGCUUGCAAGCAGACCCGUCAAGAGCUUUCCAGCAUGAUCGUUGCCGAGAGCCAAUUAGUCAUGAACGGCGCAGUACAGAAGAGCAUCGAUAUGGUUCAGGUCGCUUUUUCCACCAAUGAGACAGAUACGGUUAUCGGCACGCCCCAGAUUCAGACGCAUUCCCACCUUCACAAUGUGAAAGUCCGUCUCGGAAUGCGCGAUACACGCUCGCUACCUGCCAACGCAAAUGCACCACGCAUAUACUUCGACGACGUCUUCGCCUCGUUCCGCGAAUUACUGAGCCUACAUCUACCCUACGUUACCGUCAAUGUCCCUGCCACGAUCGCCAAAGACGCCAGCAUAGCCGAUCCUGAACUUCGACAUCGCCUGCUAGACGCAUGCAUCUUUACCUUCAGGGGAUUGGAAGAGACUCCAGGGGUCACAAUGAACGUGCAGCACGUUAUAUUCAAGAUUCAGACUCACAAGUGGGAUACCGCGGCUCUCAUACAUGAACCUGUUGUAGUGUUUGUAAGACGUAUCAACGAACAGAAAGAGAUCAAGUUUGAUCUGCUUUGGAAGGACCCAAGGACGGAGAGCCAGCAAGACUCCACAGACAUGGCAAUGAUGGCACAGUUGAAGGAUAUCGUGAGGAAGAGUCGAGAAGCUACUUUAAGUGAUCAUUAG